AUGUUGAAACGAGCAAUACGGGCGCGGACGUCCCAGCCAGGGAUCAGAGGGGUCCUAGAGACUCUGUUGGGGUACGUGACCGAGUUCCUGACCGUCCCAGGGAGGCCGGCAGGAGAAGCACGCAAGCGUAAUGCUGGACAGAAAACAGCCGUUGGGAACUGCAUGAGGCACAUCACAGCCUUCCACCUGAUCCAGGCCAAGUUCAUGAGGGAGAGCCCCUCGUCACCCAAAACUCGUAGGCGGGAGGUGGGGGGGCUGUCACCUCGGGAGGGCUGGGGCCCCCAGGUGAAGAAGCGCUCUAGGGGAGAAGGGGGUGUGUGCAGCAAACCCCCCUGCAGCACAGGCCGGGGAGAGAGCAGGAGAUCCCAGGUCUCAGGGGGGUCCUCUGUGCAGAAGAUGAUUGCCAGAUUUUCAGCCGUGAUGCACAAGGAGAAGAAAGAACCAACACAGGAGUACAAAGAGCAAGGAAGCACCAGGCAGCUAGGCAAGGGCCCCCUUUUAUCCGCCAUGAUUGGCAAAUUUGAAGUCAUAGCGACAGUGCACAAGGGUAGCAACUUUACCUGCCCAAAGACCGAGCCAAAACCCAACGUCAAUAUGACUGCACAAGGUGCCAAAGAGCAUGAAAAAUGUCAGGAUUCAGAGAAGAAGGUGAAAGAAUCCUCCAAUCCCGACCCUUUCACUAAUCUCAUCUCCCCCUCUGGAAUACCACAGCGCCAGCCUCAUGGGUUAAAAACCAGGCCCGCAUUACCUUUUCUUCACCUGUCAUCCACUACUGACCCUGCGGCCCACUCCACUGAGCCUCUGUCCGAGAAUGCCAACCCUGACUAUCAGGCUCCGAAAUCACAGGAAUCCAAGCCUGACUAUCAGGCCCCAGACUCACAGGUAUUCAACCCUGGCUUUGAGGCCCCAAACUCACAGGUAUCCAACCCCGGCUUUGAAGCCCCAAACUCACAGAUAUCCAACAUUGGGUCUGAGGCCCCAAACUCACAGGUAUCCAACAUUGGGUCUGAGGCCCCAAACUCACAGGUGUCCAACCCUGAGUAUCAGGCCCCAGACUCACAGGUAUCCAACCCUGACUAUCAGGCCCUGAGCUUACGGGUAUCUAACCCCGACUAUCAGGCUCCAGACUCACAGAUAUUCAACCCUGACAAUCAGGCCCCAAACUCACAGGUAUUCAACCCUGGCUUUGAGGCCCCAAACUCACAGGUAUUCAACCCUGGCUUUAAGGCCCCAAACUCACAGGUAUCCAACCCUAACUAUCAGGCCCCAGACUCACAGGUAUUCAACCCUGGCUUUAAGGCCCCAAACUCACAGGUAUCCAACCCUAACUAUCAGGCCCCAGACUCACAGGUAUUCAACCCUGACUUUAAGGCCCCAAACUCACAGGUAUCCAACCCUAACUAUCAGGCCCCAGACUCACAGGUAUCCAACCCUGGCUCUGAGGCCCCAAACUCACAGUUAUCCAACCCUGGCUAUCAGCCCCCAGACUCACACAUAUCCAACCCCGACUAUCAUGUCCCAGACUCACAGGUAUACAACCCUAGCUUUGAGGCCGCAAACUCACAGGUAUCCAACCCUGACUAUCAGGCCUUAGAUUCACAGGUAUCCAACCCUGGCUUUGAGGCCCCAAACUCACAGGUAUUCAACCCUGGCUUUGAGGCCCCAAACUCACAGGUAUCCAACCCUAACUAUCAGGCCCCAGACUCACAGGUAUCCAACCCUGGCUCUGAGGCCCCAAACUCACAGGUAUUCAACCCUGGCUUUGAGGCCCCAAACUCACAGGUAUUCAACCCUGGCUUUAAGGCCCCAAACUCACAGGUAUCCAACCCUAACUAUCAGGCCUCAGAUUCACAGGUAUCCAACCCUAGCUUUGAGGCCGCAAACUCACAGUUAUCCAACCCUGGCUAUCAGGCCUUAGAUUCACAGGUAUCCAACCCUGGCUUUGAGGCCCCAAACUCACAGGUAUUCAACCCUGGCUUUGAGGCCCCAAACUCACAGGUAUCCAACCCUAACUAUCAGGCCCCAGACUCACAGGUAUCCAACCCUGGCUCUGAGGCCCCAAACUCACAGUUAUCCAACCCUGGCUAUCAGCCCCCAGACUCACACAUAUCCAACCCCGACUAUCAUGUCCCAGACUCACAGCUCCUCAGCAACACCUCCCAAGAUAUGCUCUUCCUCGAACACGUGGACCGCUGA